AUGUUUAAUAGCUGUAUAAGAUCAGCUUUCAAAAGAAGCUUCAGUGCGCUGACGGUUCAAAAUCCGCCUGAGGUGAUUCUUUCGCCUCCUAGAGGGCACAAUUCGCUACUCAUGAUAUCCACCGCAUCGCAGCUUGAGGCGUCGAUCGAUGGCUUGAUCAAGCUGAACAAGUCAAUCCCCUCAUUGCAGCUAGUCUACUUUUGUGUUGACUCCAUUCUGAACUCAAGAGACGCUGUCUCUGAGUGCUGGUUCGAGGACAAAAUGAUCCUCCAAGCUUGCAAGAAGUUUGAGCCCUCGAAAGAUAAAUCAACCCCGCAAUCAGGAACGGUAGAGCUGGAACUCACUGGAUGCGAUAUCGUGUUACCACUGGCGCACACGAUGUUUCAGAAUACAUUACCGGCUACUUGUUUCUUCGUAGACAACGAAAACCCUCACAAUUGGAAGAAUCUUUCUCUCCUAAGAGUGCAGCUCCCAUAUAUUAAAUCCUCCCAUUUUAAUUAUUACAAUUGCUUGGUUGAGCUACCUUUGGAAAAAGACCCAGCACAAGAAUACAUUGUCACAGAACAUGAGGGGAAUAUGAUCAAAACGAUCAACAUGGUUCCUGCAUCCCAGUAUCUCAUUGAAAAUGAGCAUGUACAGAAGUCAAAGAAUGCUCUCUUCUUUAAAUUGUAUAAUGGAACGCAAACUCCAGACUACAUGGAAUCCUAUCAUAGAAUUACAGUCGGGGGUUUAGGAUGGGGCGAAAAACAAGGGUAUCUGGUUUUAGACCAGAAUGUUGGUUCCUUAGACCACAAAAAGCUAAGGCUUUACCAACACCGACCAGAAACGGCUGUGCACUAUGACAGAAAUAAGAAAUCCCUAGUUUUAGAGUGCUCCACGGAGCAACAAAAUUACCGCCCCGCUGGCUCAAAGACACCUAUUGUGAGCAACCAGAUAGGAUUGGGUUCCGAGGCUGGCUUCAAGCUGAAUGAUGUCUGGCACACGUCGCAGGGAGAAGUGGUUCAGAUCCAGGUCACGUGA